AUGGCUAAAACCAGUCCUGUAUUUGUCACGGCUGGCUCGGGAAACAACGAGCCGAAAGACAAGUCAACCCACCAAAGCCUUAGGCCUUCUCGAUCCAUCAUAUUUGAUACGUCCGACGAAGAAACCGACACCAAGAAAUUGGCAAGAGAUCACCUCUGCGUUGGGUAUGAGAACAAGUUUGAUGGACCGCCCCCCGACGGCGGCGUCAAGGCCUGGACACAGGCUCUCAUGGCCCAUUUUGUUGUUUUCAAUACUUGGGGAACAAUCAACUCUUUCGGCAUUUUUCAAACAUUCUAUCGAGAUUAUCUUUCUCGGUCGGCUUCUGAAAUUAGCUGGAUUGGUUCCAUGCAAGUCUUUUUUCUUUUCGUCGUUGGUGUAUUUACCGGGCGUCUCACCGAUGCUGGAUAUUUUCGAGCAGUCUUUGCCUCAGGAUCUACGCUGGUGGUACUGGGAAGCCUGACCGCAUCGUUCUCGAAUCAGUAUUGGCAACUAUUCUUAUCCCAAGGGCUUUGCGUGGGACUUGGCAUGGGAGGUUUGUUUUGCCCUGUUAUAGCUGUGUUGUCGACAUACUUCAGCAGGCGCAGAAACCUCGCUAUCGGAGUUGCUAUCAGUGGCUCAGCUACUGGAGGGAUGAUUUAUCCCAUUAUUGCACGCCAGCUUUUACCCAUGAUUGGAUUCAGUUGGACAAUGCGUGUCAUGGCACUGAUCCAACUCAUCACUCUCUUGAUUGCCAACUUCUCGAUGCGAUCCAGAAUACGACCGAGGCGGUCCGGUUCGGUGAUUGAGUUUUCCGCUUUUACGGAGAAAGCCUAUCUUCUCUUUACGAUUGGCAUGUUUUUUAACUUCUGGGGCGUCUAUUUUGCGUUUUAUUAG